CGGCGGCGGCGGCGGCGCGGGGCCCGGGCCCGGAGGCGGGCGCGGCCGCGAUGGCCGAGAGCAUGAUCAUCCGUGUGCAGUCCCCAGACGGCGUGAAGCGGAUCACGGCCACCAAGAGAGAGACAGCGGCGGCUUUCCUGAAGAAGGUCGCGAAGGAGUUCGGCUUCCAGAAUAACGGCUUCUCGGUCUACAUCAAUCGGAAUAGGACCGGGGAGAUCCCAGCCUCGUCUAGCAAGUCCCUCAACCUGCUGAAGAUCAAGCAUGGGGAUCUGCUGUUCCUCUUCCCGGAGAGCCUGGCUGGCCCCUCAACCGAGAUGGAAACGUCGUCCCCGCUGGGGCUGAAGGCGGCUGGUGCGCCCAGUGUGGUGGAAGACGAGAUCGACCAGUACCUCAGUCGGCAGGAUGGCAAGAUCUACCGGAGCCGAGACCCCCAGUUGUGCCGGCAUGGCCCCCUGGGAAAGUGUGUCCACUGCGUCCCCCUUGAGCCAUUCGACGAGGACUACCUGAACCACCUGGAGCCACCCGUGAAGCACAUGUCGUUCCACGCCUACAUCCGCAAGCUCACUGGGGGUGCCGACAAGGGCAAGUUUGUGGCCCUGGAGAACAUCAGCUGCAAGAUCAAGUCGGGGUGUGAGGGGCACCUGCCUUGGCCCAACGGCAUCUGCACUAAGUGCCAGCCCAGCGCCAUCACCCUCAACCGGCAGAAGUACCGUCAUGUAGACAACAUCAUGUUCGAGAACCACACAGUGGCUGACCGCUUCCUGGACUUCUGGAGGAAGACAGGCAGCCAGCAUUUCGGAUACCUGUAUGGCCGCUACACAGAGCACAAGGACAUCCCACUGGGCAUCCGCGCAGAGGUGGCUGCCAUCUACGAGCCCCCACAGAUCGGGACUCAGAACAGUUUGGAGCUGCUAGAGGACCCCAGGGCUGAAGUGGUGGAUGAAAUCGCUGCUAAACUUGGCCUGAGAAAGGUCGGCUGGAUCUUCACAGAUCUGGUGUCUGAGGACACCCGGAAAGGCACCGUCCGCUACAGCCGGAACAAGGACACCUACUUCCUGAGCUCUGAGGAGUGUAUCACUGCAGGGCACUUCCAGAACAAGCACCCCAACAUCUGUCGUCUCUCCCCAGAUGGGCACUUUGGCUCCAAGUUUGUCACAGCUGUGGCCACAGGCAUGUAGCCCAUCAGUGGCCCUGACAACCAGGUGCACUUCGAGGGCUACCAGGUAUCUAACCAGUGCAUGGCCCUGGUGCGUGAUGGCUGCCUGCUGCCCUGCAAGGACGCGCCCGAGUUGGGCUACGCCAAGGAGUCGAGUAGUGAGCAAUAUGUACCUGACGUCUUCUACAAGGACAUCGACAAGUUCGGCAACGAGAUCACCCAGCUGGCCCGGCCGCUGCCCGUGGAGUACCUCAUCAUUGACAUCACAACCACCUUCCCCAAGGAUCCCGUGUCCACCUUUUCUAUCUCUCAAAACCCGUUUCCCAUUGAGAACCGGGAUGUGCUUGGAGAGACUCAGGACUUCCACAGCCUGGCCACCUACCUGUCCCAGAACAGCGCGGCCGGCUUCCUGGACGCCGUCUCCGAUUUCCACCUGCUGCUCUUCCUGGUCACCAAUGAGGUCAUGCCCCUGCAGGAUAGCAUCAGUUUGCUGCUGGAGGCCGUACGCACCCGCAAUGAGGAGCUGGCGCAGACCUGGAGGAAGUCAGAGCAGUGGGCCACGGUGGAGCAACUGUGCAGUACCGUGGGUGUGCAGCUGCCUGGCCUGCAGGAGUACGGAGCUGCGGGGGGUUCCGCACACGAUGCCUCGGCCGCCAUGUGGGCCUGUCAGCACUGCACCUUCAUGAACCAGCCGGGCACCGGCCACUGCGAGAUGUGCAGCCUGCCCAGGGCCUAGCACCUGCUUCCCCAGGGCCCUCCUACCCUGCCAGGCUUCCUCCCCUGGGCACAGCCCGCGCGUCUGCCGUCUGCUGCUCCUGGGGGGCUGCAGCUGAGGGUUGGUUGCAACAACAGUUCCCGAGGUCCUUGCCCCGAGGACGCUAUUUAUUUUUUUAAGAUAAAAACUACAUAAAAAGGGAGUGAGACUCCACUUCCUUGCCCUUUAGUAAGUCCCUGUGAGUGUCCAGGGUGGUGGCGUUCAGUCAGUCCUCAGAAGAGACCUCAGUGCCUGAGACCCGUAGUGUGGCCAGGCCACCUCCCGGCCAGCAGCUGCCCUGCCACAGGGUGUCCAGGAAUCUGGUUCCUUCCUCAUGGGCUGGUUGGGUGGGACACCAGGACAAGGGGACAAGACUGGUCAGAACUCACACCUACUCUGGGGUCCCCACAGCCCUUCCUGGGCAUGGGGAGCCCCAAAAGCCUCUUUGCCUUAAGGAGAGCUCCCUGCACCGCCAUCUCCUGCCCAUGCCUGAAGACGGGGGUAUCUUCCUGUUUGCCAGCAGGGUGGGGGGGGGGGUCGUCUCCAUCUGACCAGCCCGGACAGAGACUGCCAUGAGGCCAACGAGUCACACCACACCCAGCCCGAGGCAGGUGGUCACAUGUGCAGUCAUCCUGCUGCCUAUCUGCCCACCGUGCUCUGCGCCCCAAUUCGGGCCCCACACCUAUCCAUUUGCUCUUGUCUUUUAGCUCAAGAAAGUCGCUAUUUCUCGC